GACAGGGAAAAGUUGUGGAAUAGCCAGAGGGACAGGCAGGGAGAAGAAGAGGCAGCUUCACCGGGGCUGUGCUGAGGAGGAACGAAAGCAUCGUCUCAUCCCCCUGUCCCUCUGUCUCUCUGCGUAACUGUCUGUCUCUCCCUCCGUCUCCCUCCUCUCCUCCUCUCUAAUUGUCUCCCCUCCUGGCUGGCACUGCAAUGUGGCUGUAUCUGCAGUGAAAGUGCCGGCUGGCAGAUUCUCCUUGAGUGAACCCUGACUGUGCGCAGUGAGUUUUUUCCUCCUCGCCGUUGUCCUGUCCACGCUGCACAGCCUGUGAGCAGGGACCGGCUGCAGAGCAGUGCAGCUGGGGCUCACUUCACCCAGGACCAGCAGGGGCCACACUGGGAUGUGCCUCCUCUAGGGUCCAGACACCGAGACAAAAGCCUCAACAUUUAAUCCAGUGUAUCAGAGAAGCUACAUUCCACUGGCUGUCCUGAGUCUGGGGCCGGAUCCUGCAGCACUAUUUGUUUUGGAGCAGAUCUGGCUGCCAUGGAGGUGCUGUCUGUUGGGGUCGACCCCCUGAGGCUGGGCCCUCCAAACACAGCUGUCGGCCUGAUCUUCUCUGUGCUGCUUGGUGUGUGGUCUGCUCAGGCCCUGGAGAUGUUCGUAGGAAAGAUUCCCUUCCUUGAGGCAGUGAAUGGCAGCACAGUCCUUUUGCCGUGCACAUACGCCAGCUGUAUCGGCAUCGAGGAUCUCUACUUCAACUGGCAGUUCAACGGCAAUGGCACCAUGGUAAAGGUGUGCGAGUCAGUGAUAGCCUCAGAGGAGGUGGUGCCAGAUGUCAGCAUAUUCAGAGAACGAGUGGAGUUUGUGGGCAAGAAUCAUCUCAACAACAUCUCCAUCUUGCUGUGGAACAUCACCUUCGAAGACGGAGGACAGUACACCUGUUUUGGACGCAAUCCAAAAGAGAAGGGCAGGAACCACAGUGCCAUCUUCACCCUCAUCGUGGUGGACGAGUUGAGGGUGGUGGACAAGACGCUGACCAUCAUCAUCGCCUCAACUGUGGGCGGAGCCAUUGCAUUUUUGAUGGGCUUCAUGUUGCUCAAGAACUUGACUCUCUUUGUUCUUUCCAAGCUUGAGGAGAAAAAUAAGGAGUGCCUUGUAACUUCAUCAGGGAUCGACAACACAGAAAAUGGCCUCUCAGGAUCCAAGGCUGACACAAAACCAACACCAAAAAAGAAAUGAGGAGGUGCAUGUGUAGAAAACGACAGGAGUGAUCAUAUCCUCUUUGCAUAUAUUUGUAUAUGCACAUGUGUUUGGACACAUGAACAAACUAAUUUUUGUUGUAAUCUUAAAAGCGCUGCCUGGCUGUGGAAAUACAUCACAUGUGCAGAUUAUAUCAAACUAAAGGAUUUGCAAAUCGUAAGUGUACACAUAUAGUGAUAAUUUAAAAGGUGCACAUAAUUUAAUUACAUAAAAAUGAUAAAUGCACCUACCAGAGACUCUUCGCUUGACUUAUUUAGGAUUUAAUGUCCUACGUUUGCCCGAAUAGUUCAGCAUAUUGCUGGGAGAAAACCACAAAAAGCAAGAACGGUGUUACCUUGGUGACUAAGCAGAAAGUUCCAAGUUAAAGUUUUAUUUGUCAUAACAUCUCCUGUUUGAAGAUUAGUUAUUACUUCAACAACACGAUGGAAACCUAUGGGACAGGCGUCUAAUGUGUGUACACACAGUAUGUGUGUGUGGUUGUGCAGUGAGUUUAAUCUAACAUCAGAAAUCUCAAUGUCUCUGGUAAAUUAACUUGUUAGAUUAAACCAAAUUAUGUGCACAUUUUAUCAAUUUUGGGAGACGUUUUAUAUAAUUUGCACAGAUAUGAUAUUGUGUGGGUUGAAAUGGUAAACAAAGUUUUAUGUCAUUGCACUGUUGUGCUCUGUUUAAAGCCCUUUGUUGCAUAUCAAUUGUCUGUUUCCAUAGCCAGAGUAUAUUCAAUAAGAAGAAACUCUUUGACUGUUUUUC